AUGGGAAAAGAUAGGAAGAAAGAUGGCAAGAAAUCAGAAAAAUCUACACGUCGUCCUCCUCCCCCUCCUGCUUCAGCACCUCCUCCUCCUCCUCGCCCUCGACCUCCUGCACCAGCAGCUGCAGUUGAGAGCAGCCCAAAGAAGAUGGCAAGUUUGCAAACCUGGGAUGGAGGGAAAAAAAAACAAGCACGUCCUUUGGUAACAGAAAAAGCGCCAAAUACAGGGGAAGCACCUCCAGCCCAGUAUGUCCCUAUAUACCCUGAGGAGUCUCUUCUCACUAAAAUUAUUGUAGAAAGAUUUGAAGGGACAAAAGUCCAUGGACUGUAUGAGGGUGAAGGCGUCGCCUAUUUUGAGGGGGGAAAUACGUACAAGGGCAUGUUUUCUGAAGGACUUAUGCAUGGACAAGGCACUUACGCAUGGGCUGAUGGAGUGACGUACGAGGGGACUUUUGUUAAGAAUGUACAAAUGCAUCAUGGCUGUUACAUGUGGAUUGAUGGCAGCAUGUAUGACGGAUCGAUCAGGAAUGGAGUUAGGCAUGGAUUUGGAUUGUUCAGGAGUGGUACACGUGCAGUUUCUUAUAUUGGCUACUGGUGUAAUGGCAAAAGACAUGGAAAGGGUACCAUUUAUUAUAAUCAGGAACAUACCUCUUGGUAUUCAGGUGACUGGGUAAAUAACAACAAAGAAGGAUGGGGAAUUAGACGCUAUAAGUCUGGAAAUACCUAUGAAGGUCAGUGGGAAAAAAAUGUACGUCAUGGAGAAGGAAGAAUGAGGUGGUUGACUGCUAAUCAAGAGUAUAUAGGACAGUGGGAAUAUGGCAUACAGCAUGGAUUUGGCACCCAUAUAUGGUUUCUGAAGAGGAUGCGUUUGUCUCAGUAUCCUUUAAGGAACAAAUACAUAGGCAAUUUUGUAAAAGGGGAUCGUCAUGGACAUGGGAGGUUCUUAUACGCCAAUGGAGCAGUGUAUGAUGGAAACUGGGUGUGCAAUAAGAAGCACGGCCAAGGCAAGUUUGUCUUCAAAAAUGGGCAUGUUUAUGAGGGAGAGUUUAUAGAUGAUCAUAUAGCAGAAUAUCCUGCUUUUCAAGUGGAUUCAUUGAAUGAACAAGAUCUGAAUGCCAUCUGUACAGGAAGUCCUCUUAGAACUGAAAACAUCAGAAUAGGUAAUGGCUCACGAAAUGCUUCUCUUCUGGGACCAAAUAUUGAAUUAGAUAUAUCUUCGCUACUUGACGUCUUCCCAAAGGAAGAAAGACAAGAAGAAAUAAAGCAAAUUGAAUUUGCUGUGUUGAGACAUAUGACAAAACUGAGAAGAAUUUACAGCUUCUACAGCAGCUUAGGCUGUGAUCAUUCCUUUGACAACACCUUCCUGAUGACUAAGCUCCAAUUCUGGAGAUUUCUGAAGGACUGCCAGUUUCAUCGUUGCAACUUAACUCUUGCUGAAAUGGACCGGAUAUUGAGCGGUGAUAAAAUACUGCUAGAAGAGAUACAUUCUCCAUACGAGAGCUUAUUGUUCAAAACAUUUUUGUCUUUCCUUAUUCAUCUAGCAUUUCAUAUCUACUAUAAGGAGCACAAAGAAGAAGGUCCUUAUCUACAUAAGUGUUUCUUAGAAAUGAUGUUCAGGAAUAUUAUUCCCACUGCCUGCCAUAUACAGGGUAUUUUGUUUUCUGAACGUGCCAUUUGUGCCAUGAACUAUGUUGACAAAUGCUGGGAAAUAUACAGAGGUUUUUGUAAACCAAGUACCAAGUCUCCAUUUGAACCCACUAUGAAAAUGAGACAUUUCCUUUGGAUGAUGAAUGAUUUCAAGCUUCUGAGUAAGGAAUUAACUGCUUCAAGACUUGUGGAAAUACUUGUCAAAGACUAUCCCUUUUUACAUGAUGGUGAUAACAGCAGCCUGGAGCAGGAGGUGGUUUUUCUUGAAUUUUUUGAAGCUCUUCUGGAUUGUGCACUGGUGUAUGUUACCAGUGAUGUGAUUAAGCAGCAAGUAGAGUAUUAUAUUCAGAAAGGAAGUGCCUUUAGAAUUGGAAGUCCCUCUGAGGAAACCAUAACUUUGAUGCAGUACCCAGAAUAUUAUCUGUCCCAGUCUAUUUGUGAUAGAAAUGUAAUGAGUACAGACAAAAACGAUGACAUUUCUAGGGCAGCUGAGCCCUACUCAUGGUUGUCUUCAAGCAAAAAUGUCGUGUCAAAAGAGGGAACAAAGACUCAUGAGUCACAGAGACCCUGUGAAGACAGAUUGCUGUGUUUCGAAGAAUUUCGUAUGGGUCAUCGCUUCAUACUCCAUGCAGCACAUCCAUGUUUCAAAGAUACUCAGUGUAGAUGGGAUGCAGAAAAUGGACAAAGCUUUUGCCCACCAGAGGAAUUGGCAGAAAAAAGAGAAGACAAAAAUGAACAAAAUGAGGAACUUGGUCUGCAGCUGUGUCAGAUGCAGAUCUUUUUUAUCUGUAACUUAUUUCCUGCCUACCAGCAUGAACAAGUGCUGAAGGAAAAAAUAAAAGAAAAUCGAAUUUGCGAUGCUGAAAUAGCUGAGCUGAGGAAACUAAAGGAUGAGGAGCUCGCAAAACUUGUUGCUGAAAGAGAAGCAGAAGAGGCAAAAAGACAAGAAGCUGCAGCAGAAAAAGCAUCAUCUGAGAUCAAGAAUGGAGCACUUCACGAUUCAGACUCUUUUACCCACUCAGUAUCUUCAAAGGAAGAGACACCUACUGUACCACCCCCAGCUGUUGCCAAGGUUGCUGCAGGGACAAAGAAAAAGAAAAAGUAA